AUGGGUGCUCGCGAUCUUCCUGUUUGGAUUAAAGUUUGGUUUUUCAUAUCGUCAGUCAUUUGCUCGUGGGAUGCAAGUUUUGUCUUAUUGCGCCCACAUUCCAUGCCUCCAGAUGGCAAAUACAGCCAGUACUUCAGCCCAUAUGCCCUGUACCUAGGCGUUGACAAAAAGUAUGGAGAUUUGGAGGAUACCUUCAUCAUUGGCCAGGCUUGGUGCAAUGUGGCAGAAGUUGUAAUGAUGCUCUUUGUAGUACUCUUUGGCUCAUCAAGCCGUGGCAAGGGUUGGAUAUUUUCAUUGGUAGUGUCUACCAUGACAUUUUGGAAAACAGUUGUUUUCUUGAUCCAGUACACAGAUAUUUGCAAUGGUGCACAUCAACUCAACGCUGUUGAUUUUGAAACUGCUCUCAAAUUAUUUUACAUCCCCAACGGUAUAUGGAUCGUCAUGAGCCUUUUGGUUAUGGCUAGCACCUGGAGUUACCUUUCUGGUGCUCUUUCAGGCGUAAAGAGUAAGAAUGAAUAG